ACGAUGAAGCUUUACAAAAUCUGGCAAUGAAACAUGAGUCCAGAAAUGACCCUUUCAAUGGUAAAUUGUCCGUCCGUUUGUCCUUGCACGCAGCGUUCUUACUCCAAAGCAUCGAAAGCAAAAGCAGUCUUUGCGUUUCUGCAGCCAUGGCAGGGAUUCAGAGCCUAUCUCCCAACAUAAAAACACCACUGCAACAGCAGAUACUGCCGGCCGCAGCAUAGACGUUGAAGACUGAAGCCGCUCCCUUCCACUGCUAAACCAGGUUGGCCCUCUCGCCUGACAACCCUCCAUUUUAUAACCAAAUUGCUCCACCUUUGCACCAUUACCUCCACUUCAGCUUCAUGCUUCUGAUGAAUUGAUGAUGAUGGGAGAAGGCAGUGGGCGUCCCUUCACAGUCACCCAAUUGCAGGAGCUGGAGCUUCAAUCCCUCAUCUUCAAGUGCUUGGCAUCCGGCACCGCUGUGCCUCCUGAUCUCACCCUUGGCCUCAGGAGAAACUUCCUCGUGCCGUUUCUUCCUCAUGCCUCCUCGGUGGACGCAGAGCCAGGGAGGUGCCGGAGAACUGACGGGAAGAAGUGGAGGUGCUCCAAGGAGGUCCACCCAAACUCCAAGUACUGCGACAGGCACAUGCACAGGGGAAAGAACCGUUCGAGAAAGCCUUUGGAAUUGCUGUCCUCAUCAACUGUGCUCCACACCCACAGUUUCCUCCUCCCCUCCUCUUCCUCACCAUUUCAUAAAUGCAGUGACUCUAAGGAGUUCGUGAAUGGAUGUCCUUCAUUUGGUGGACAGGUUGAGAAAUUAGUAGUGAGCUCCGCCGAGGAGGCAAGACAGAGGUAUGGCCACAGGCAAGUCGUUCAUGCUCACUCUGGAAUUUGCUUAGCAGAGGAAGAUAAAGAGACGGAACGCUUUGAGUUCGGUGCUCACUUCGAAGUUGCUAAUUUGGAGGAAGAGAAAACCAGGAACGGUAGGCAAUUCCACUGGUUCCUUGAUGAGAAGCCUCUCAAGGUUGAGGGUUCGUGGAUGAGGGUGGGUCUGGAUCAGUUGGAGCAUAUCUAGAACUUGUGUUUAUGAUGCUGAUGAGGUCCAAUUCUGGAUCAGUCGCAUUGCUUUAUGUUCUCGGUUCUGGGUUCUUCAUCAUGAAGCAUCAAAUAUUCUUAAGUUUGGAGAUUGUGUGCAGUUCACAUUUAUUAAAUCAAAGAAUGCACGCAAAUAAGGCUCAACGUGGAACUUUGUUGGUGUAUUGUGUGUGUGUGUAUAUAUAUAUAUAGGUUUGUAGAAA